GCUGCCAGCCCGGCGCCGUGGAGAGCGAGCCUCCGCACUGGGCAACCCUGCGGCCCCCCGAGCUGCUCCGGCCGGGCACGGUGAGGUUCAUAAGCUUCUAAAAUGUCGUCAGUGAAACGUCUAGUAUACGCUGUCAUCCAUUUCUUGAGAGAACAAAGUCAACUGGAUACUUUCACUUCAGAUGAACAAGAAAGCUUGGAAGUUGCAAUUCAGUGUUUGGAGACAGUUUUUAAGAUUAGCCUAGAAGAUACGCAUCUUGCAGUGCCACAGCACUUGACAGAAUUGUUCUCAAAUUCUUUUCACAAGAAUGACAUGUUGCCUCUCUCCGAUUCAUUGCCAGAAGAUAUUGAAAAGGCUGAUCAGCUGAAAGAUGAAGGCAAUAAUCACAUGAAGGAAGAAAAUUACGUUGCUGCAGUGGAUUGUUAUACUCAAGCUAUAGAGUUGGAUCCAAAUAAUGCAGUAUAUUAUUGUAACAGGGCUGCUGCUCAAAGUAAGCUCAGCAACUACAAUGAAGCAAUAAAAGACUGCGAGAGAGCAAUAGCAAUAGAUCCAAAAUACAGCAAAGCAUAUGGGAGAAUGGGGUUGGCCUUGACCUCUAUGAAUAAAUACCAAGAAGCAAUUACCAGUUACCAAAAAGCACUGGUUCUUGAUCCAGAAAAUGACUCUUACAAAUCAAAUAUGAAAAUAGCUGAACAGAAACUAAGAGAUCUCUCCAGUCCUACUGGAACAGGACUGAGUUUUGACAUGGCAAGCUUGAUAAACAAUCCAGCAUUCAUUAGUAUGGCAGCAAGUUUAAUGCAGAAUCCUCAAGUUCAACAACUAAUGUCGGGGAUGAUGUCUAAUGCCAUUGGUGGCCCUGCUGCUGGUGUUGGUGGCCUAACUGAUCUGUCAAGCCUCAUACAUGCGGGGCAGCAGUUUGCACAGCAGAUACAGCAGCAGAAUCCAGAACUCAUAGAACAACUGAGAAAUCAUGUCCGGAGCAGAUCUUUCAGUGGCAGCACUGAAGAGCAUUCCUGAUUUAAAGGAGGCAUGUGUUUGUAGAACUGGAAAUGUGAAUGGUGUAUAAUCCCAAAAUGCAUAUUGUAGCUAAUAGCAAAAGCAUCAUUGUAACUACUCUGCUUGGACAUGAGACAGAAAAUCCUUUGUCUGUUCGUGAAACAAGAAUAAAUCUGUUAAAACAGAUCUGUUGCACACAAGUUUAAACAUAUCAUGUAUGCGUAGUGAAUCCUUUGUAAAUUUAUAGAUAUAUAAAAUAGAUUCAUUGACUCAUUAAAAUUCCCAAAUAUAAGUUACCAUGUUUAAGUCUUUCACAUUAAUGAAAACAAUAUGUUAAUGGAUGUUAAAACUUGCCUUUUCUUUUAAGAGAGGCUACUUACUGUGCACCGAGGCUGCAAUUUGGAGUGAUUUCAAGGGCUGCUGAGAGGGGAAGCGAGUCUAAUGCUUUCAAACGUGCUGGCAUGCCUGUGUAUAAGAAUUGUUUUUAAAAAAAUACCUUGUAAAAGGCCUGUUGUUCAGUAGCAAAGGGUUGCUUCUUGCCAGAUCAGCUAUGAAACAGUAGAUCUGAUUAGCAGUCUGCUCCUUGUGAUGAGCCCAAGUGUGUGAUGGAGAGUGCAGUGUGGAUUUAAAAUGUGUCCGAGGAUAAGCCCUGUGGCUUCAUAGCACUGAAUUUUCAGUGCUUGUUGAGAGGCUUCUGGUGUCAGCAUCACAUGCCUUUCAACUUUACCUGGUGGGUAGUAGAGACUUAGGAGGAUUAAGAGUUGAGUGUAUAGAGGAUGAUAAAACUGAGCUAGGAGGAAGAUGUACAGAAAUCCGAGAACAAGACCAGGACAAGAGAGAAGGAAAUAGGAAUUUCUACUGGCACGUGUCCCCAAAUCAUAUUAGUAGCUCUGGAGGUCUCCAUUAUGCCACUAAUAGCAUAGACAUGGAAAGCUGUGCCUCAUUCCUGUGUUUAUAUAGUAUACAACCUGAGUUUAAAAAUCUUUAAUGGUGAUUAACUAAACUACACAAGUUAUUAGCACUGAAAACUUAGGGAAUUGCUUUAGAAAAAAUAAAUCAAUAUGUACCACAGUGCAGCAAAUCACUGACUUAUGGGAAAAAACACAGUUAAGGAUUUUUGAAGUUUAACUAUACCAUAAAUGUGUACAUUUUAAAUGAGUGAUGAAUAAUGAAAAGGCCAUGAAAUAGUUUUUCUAGUCUACAGUGUUCCUCUUUCCAGCUCUCCUAAGCUUACCUUUUUGUACCCUCUGGAUUUUCUAUACUUUUAAAAAAAUAUUUUUGUGCCCUGUUUCCCUUCAGCUGUUUGUUGAUGCCAUCUACUACUGCUGGAUACACUUAGGCUGUGUCUACACUGGCACAAUCUCACGCAAAAGCGGCCACUCUUGUGCAAAAACUUGCUGCCUGU